CAUGGCUUCUCUGAAGGCGGUUGUAACGACUUAUCAAGUUCUAACUCAAGAAUGGAACAAAAAACCCACAAAUCUUGAGAAAUGUGGCGAGUUACUGAGAAAGCUUAAGGUUGCCCUUACAACACUCGCGUAUUUACCCACUGACACGAAGGCAACAAAGCAAGAAUUGCUUGUUGCCAGGGAUAUCUUGGAAAUCGGAGCUCAAUGGGCAGUAGCAAAAAAGAAUAUUCCAGCAUUUGAGAGAUACAUGGCACAGUUGAAAUGCUAUUAUCUUGAUUACAAGGAUGAUCUGCCAGAGUCUGCCUACAAGUAUCAAUUGCUUGGCCUCAACCUCCUGUGCCUGCUGGCUCAAAACAGACUUGCUGAAUUCCAUACUGAACUGGAACUUUUGCCUCCGAAAGAUCUGCACACAAACAUCUAUAUCAAGCACCCAGUAUCCAUGGAACAGUACUUCAUGGAAGGCAGCUAUAAUAAAGUGUUCUUAGCAAAAGGAAAUGUGCCUGCUGAGAGUUACAACUUCUUCAUAGACAUUCUCCUGAAUACAAUUAGGGAUGAAAUUUCAACUUGCAUAGAAAAAGCUUAUGAGAAAAUAGCUUUCCAGGAGGCAGCCAGAAUGCUCUUCUUCGAGUCUCAAAAGCCAAUGAAGGAAUAUGCUGCAAAGCUGAAAUGGAAAGUAGGACCAGAUAAUUUCUUCCACUUUGGCAGAGUAGAGCAGACCACAGAUGAUUCUAUACCAGCGGCAGAGCUAGCCAAACAAACGAUAGAAUAUGCCAGAGAAUUAGAGAUGAUUGUAUGAGAGACAUUGUUGACAAGUCACAUUAUAAAUGUGUCCAUGUUGAUUGACAUUACAGUAUGCUGGCAAAUAGUUACUCUCUGAGAUGACAGUGUGACCUACCACGAUAUAACACGAGACAUGUAAUUUUAUAUCAGUUCUGAAGAUCAAAACAUUAAUUUUCGUAAAUCUGUGGGUAAUAGUUCAAGAGAGUACAGGAUUAUGUAUUUUGUUGGGCUGGCAAAAAAUUGUCUCUCAACCAAUGGUAACAUAUGUCCGAACACAUAGUUACUGCCAUUAGCAUACCUUCCAUUUGCCUGGAAAAUUCCAAAAAAAAUUAAGUCAAAGGACAAUGUUUUGUCAUAAGGACAAGUCUUGAUUCUCCUAGGAUCAGUCUGUCCUCAAUAAAACCUGGGCUGGGAAUUUUCUUCAGAAAUUUUGGUCCAGAUGUAUAUAAAGUUGUGCUUACAAUGCUUGGGAAUACUGAAACAGCCAAUGUUGAUCUUUUCAAGCAGUUUUGUCCAAUAAAUAUUAAAAAAUUAUACAU